UUGUUGCUAGGAUACCGUACACGAAUUCUUUUCACAGGUCAGUCGAGAUCGAGCUGUUUGACUAUUGCAGUUUAAAUAUAAUUAUUUUGUUUGUUUUAAGUGAUUUGGAUGGUGAAUUUGGUCACAGUAUGCCCUUCUUGAAAAGACCCCAGACUACAGAACCUCUUGUAAAACUUUGGGACAAAAAGGCCCAAAAAUGUGGGCCGCAUCACACUGUGUAUUCUGUCAACGGAGAUCAAUACACAGGCGAGUGGAUGGAUAAUAAGAAACAUGGAAAAGGAGCACAGGUUUGGAAGAAAACAGGACUGAUCUAUGACGGAGACUGGAGGUGUGGAAAGAGAGAAGGCUAUGGAACCCUGAGCAAGACUGAACUGGAGACCAAAGAGUAUGUGAGAGUUUAUGUUGGUUCUUGGUGGAAUGACAAGAAGGAAGGUGCCGGGACAUAUUUCUACAGUCCAUCUGCGUUCUAUGAGGGGCAGUGGAAGGAAGAUCAGAGGAGUGGAUGGGGACGGAUGCAGUAUGAGAACGGGGAGCUGUAUGAGGGAGAGUGGCUGAAGGACAAACAUCAUGGACAGGGUUUGCUUCUGCUAGCUAAUGGAAACAGGUUUGUGGGCACCUGGAGUGACGGACAGAAAAACGGACACAGCAAGUUCUACUACCUGGACAGAGGUCAGCUGUACGAAGGCUUUUGGGUUGACGGUGUUGCUAAGUGUGGAACCAUGUUUGAUUUUGAGAGAGAAGCAGCAUUUAGACCAACAGUGUAUCCAAUUCCCAAGGUUUGCCUACAGGAUUCACAGGCUGUGCUGAUGGAGGCACAAGCGUAUUUCACCGAGGACAAGGAGAAAUCAACAGAGACCACGAUUCCAAGUCACAUGGUUGCUAGGCAAUAUGUACCUUGACAAUAUCCUGAAAUCAAA